GCAGUGUGAUAGGGAUGGCGUAUUUUCUUGCACUGAGAGUUGCGGCGUCGCUGGCCGCUGAGGAGGGCGGAGAUUUCUGUGUGAAAUAGUGGGAGGGCUCCAAGGAAGCCUCAGGAAGAGCCGCAGUCUGAACAAUAAAUUGAGAAGUCGAUGUGGGCACUGCUAGUCUCGUACCGGCGGCUUCAAGUCUGAGAUCAUCGUGGAACCUCAGCAGAUGGCUCUAGUUACCUGGAUUUGCCACAAAGUCUGACAACCUGAGUUGUUCAAUCCAUGGGAUUCACAUGAUGCAGGAGAACUGAGUCCCUGUUUCUAGAGCCUGUGACCUUGACAGCACUAACCAUCACAGGUCAACUUUGAAAUUUAUAAAACAUGGAGAAAACUAAAGAGAAAGCUGAAAGAAUUCUUCUAGAGCCUUAUAGGUACUUACUUCAACUACCAGGUAAACAGGUGAGAACCAAACUUUCACAGGCAUUUAAUCACUGGCUGAAAGUUCCAGAAGACAAGCUACAGAUUAUCAUUGAAGUGACUGAAAUGUUGCAUAAUGCCAGUUUACUCAUUGAUGAUAUUGAAGACAGUUCAAAGCUCCGACGUGGUUUUCCAGUGGCUCACAGCAUCUAUGGUGUCCCAUCUGUCAUUAAUUCUGCCAAUUACGUCUACUUCCUUGGACUGGAAAAAGUCUUAACCCUUGAUCACCCAGAUGCGGUGAAGCUUUUCACACGCCAGCUUCUGGAACUUCAUCAGGGACAAGGCCUAGAUAUUUACUGGNGGGACACCUACACCUGUCCAACUGAAGAAGAAUAUAAAGCCAUGGUGUUGCAGAAGACAGGUGGUUUGUUCGGAUUAGCAGUAGGUCUCAUGCAGUUGUUCUCUGAUUACAAAGAAGAUCUGAAGCCACUGCUUGACACACUUGGGCUCUUUUUCCAGAUUAGAGAUGACUACGCCAAUCUACACUCCAAAGAAUACAGUGAAAACAAAAGUUUCUGUGAAGACUUGACAGAAGGAAAGUUCUCAUUCCCCACUAUCCAUGCCAUUUGGUCAAGGCCAGAAAGCACACAGGUACAGAACAUCCUGCGCCAGAGAACAGAGAAUAUAGAUAUUAAAAAGUACUGUGUGCAGUACCUGGAAGAUGUAGGUUCUUUUGCAUACACUCGACACACUCUUAGAGAGCUUGAAGCUAAAGCCUACAAACAAAUUGAGGCCUGUGGUGGGAACCCUUCACUAGUGGCUUUAAUCGAGCACUUAAGUAAGAUGUUCACAGAAGAAAAUGAAUAAUGUUAGCCUUUCUUGAUUAGACUCAAUAGCUUCUUUCAAUUAAAAAUGAGGAGUGGCUUCAUCCAUUUAUCUUUUCAAGUACUAGUCUCCAAUAAUUGAGUAAAUGAGGGUGACAUGUGUAAAAGUGUUGUGUUAUCAAAAUCCCUUUGCAUAAAAAUACAAAAUUGAGGGCUGGAGAGAUGGCUUAGCAGUUAAAAAGCUGCUUUUCCAGAGAACCCUGGUUCAAUUUCCAGGGCCCACAGUGAAGUUCACCAACACCUGUAACUCCAUUUCCAGGUCAUCUUCUGGACUUUUCAGGCACCAGGCACACACAUAGGUAUACAAACAUGCACAAUAUUCGUACACAUAAGAUCUUUAUUUUUUAAUUUUUUAAAAACAAAAUUGAAACUAUCAGGAGUCGCAUAACNUGGGUCAUAAAUGUGAGACACUAAAUGUGACCAGCUCUUCCUCCUGCCCCACAUGUUCUGGGCUUGACAGUAAAAAAGACUUACCUUCCAAGAAACUAUCUGCUCCCUAACUAUACGACAUGGAGGGUCCCAGCUCAUUGAUGAAUCUGCUCCCUAACUAUACGACACGGAGGGUUCCCAGUUCAUUGAUGACAAUUCAAAACAGGGAUUUCUUAGACAAGUCUCUUUCCCUGAUUGACUAAAAUGACCAAAGAACUGCUGUUUUUCCCUAAAUGACAAUGCCAAGAGUACCUCAGUUUUGUCUCUGAAGACCUGUAUCAACGUCUGAAAAGACAGAAUGAAUGCACAGGCACUCUUCCAACCAGCUUGUUUGUUUUCAGUGCUUGACACCCCACAAAUUAUCCUUUUUGACAAANGAGGCUCCACUUAAUGAAGUUCAAUUCACAACCUGGUCCCAUUUUUUCUUUUUUCUGGUUUGUUUGUGUUUUUUCUCGUAACAUUUUUCUGCCCCAAACUGAUCAGUAUCUGUGUAUAGUGUUUCUUUGAAGGAGGAAAAUAAUAGAAAAGGUGUUUGUAGAAUACAGGAGUAAUACCAGCAUUCCAUAGGUAGAAUCAGAAAGAUCAGAAGUUCAAAGUUAUACUCAGCUAUAUAUAAGUUUGAGACCAGUCUGAACUACAGGGGACAUU